AUAUUACUGCUAGCAGCAUCUCAUACUGAUAUAAUUGGUUCGAAAAGGUGGAUACAUAUAUAUAGACCACAUGCUUGUUCCAUAGUAUAUCGGUCGUCAUCGGCUUCCCACUUUAGCCAUGGCAAGCCACCAAAAAUUCGUGUCGCAAUGAACGGGAGGACUAUACUCACCAUAUGGGGAUUAUUCUUCAAAAGCCACGCAUGGCUGGAGAAAGUUUGCAAAGCCGGAAAUCCACCUGUUCUGAUCGGAAGUGUCUUGAACCAUAUUUCCCAAGACAGCGUCGAUCCUAAGCAGAGAGGUCACUUAGCUCUUAUUUGUGAGGGUAACACAUACCCAGCGCUAUUCGAAGAGUGCCUACAACCCCACCUUAUGCAUAUUCACGGAAAGGACUAUAGAGGCGACAUAGGAUUCCAAAUCUGUAGAGAACACAGUUCCUUGUUUGUAUAUGACCACUCACAAUCCUGCUACAAGUACGCAAAGGACUAUGAGCCGAUUUACGAAAAGUACAAGAACGAUAUCGAGAAACGAGAGGAUGCAAUCCUUUUUACUAUUGCGGGUUACAAAAGUCGAGGGUUAUUCCUACGCCCUACUACCAUUCGUCGCUUGAAGGGGUACCUCGCUCUCCUCACUAUAAAUGGCUCACUAAGUCGAAGAUGA